CUCACCAGAGAAAAAAAUCGAGUUUUGGUCUUUUUUCGGUUGCCGGAAACCAUUCCGAUGAARAACGACAAGCACAACACAACGAUGGGUGCGAACACGGUACGACGGAGUGCAGCCACCGAUCGCGCUAUCAGCAGCCACCACUCCGGAUAGCUCGUUGCCCUGMAUUGGAUUGAAUCGCAUCGCRUCGCAUUUCUUUGCAUUUCGAAUCGCAUCGCACCCCGACCCAAACAACCACCUCCAUGGCCGGGCGGAAGGGCAAGCAGAAAAAAUCCGCGGGGGCGGGCUCUCGGUCUUCCGGUGCCGGUGCUCCGGGUUCGACAGCUCUUCCCGUUCCGGCCGGGAAGGGGAUGAUCCUCGUCGAUCCGGCCCGGUGCCGGUUCCAGCACUCGCGCAUCCGUCCCUACUUCUCGGGCUGCGGGAGGAGCGUCYACGAGACCCUCGAAAGCAUCAAGAGCGGCGCCACGAGGCUCUCCGACCUCCCGCCCAUCCAGGUCAUGGUCGGCGGAAGUGGCAGCAGCAGCAGC